AUGAAGGCAGUCAAGUUGACCGCAGCGGUGGUCGUGCUGUUUAUGGCGCCUUACGUGCCCAUCACAAGCAGUAGAAGCCUUGCAGAGACACCAAACGAUUCUAUUGAUCGUCAUUUGCGUCAUGAGAGUGCUCAGAUUGAUUCAAAAUUGAAAGAAGUAGAAGGAAAACACGACUCUAAUACUCCACUUCAACGUCGUGAUCAAACACUUGUGGCUGCCCAUCGCGUGUAUGAUCCGGUAUCAGGACUUGCAUGCUCGCUAGUGGGAGAGUGUAUGUCAUGUCCAAUAACUGAGAAAGAUGAGAGUUUUUGUCGAGAGACGGGAUACCGUCAGGAAUUGGCCUGCCCUCACUCAAAAGACGAAGCAUUGCUUCAAACUUUAGAGGAAAAGCAAACGCCUCGAUAUCGGCCUUGUUCACCUGCUGAUACAGUACGACCAGGCGUUACUUUUGUGAAAUUUGAGGCAAUCAUGUCCUUGCUUUUAGCUAUAUCGGUAACACUACUUCGACGUGAGCGAGAAAAACAUAUGAGCUCAUUUGAUCUGCGAAAAGAUUCGCGGCAACGCGUAGGGCUGUUGAAUAGCAGCGCUUCGGGCGUUAAAGACUCUGAUUAA